GGUCUUAUUCUCACCAAGGAAGCAUUCUGGGAUUGGUCCGUUGAAUUCUCUCUUAGCUCUGUUAAACAGAGAUUCGCUUCAUGAUGCCUCAGAGGAACCCCUUGUGUUCGGCAAUGGAUCAGUCCGAUCCUGAUCUCCCUUCCAGACGCUGCCAGGUGGACUGUACCACUGAGGUGGCAGUGGAGGGAGGUCAGAGGAAUGGGGGUGGUGCUGCUUCGUCCUCCCCAGAGAGUAGCAGUGUGAAUGGAGACGGCAAUGGGAAACGCAGUGGGAAGAGGCGUCGCCGUCGUAAACGCUCCGCUCAACCCGAUAACCGCCCGGCUCCUGUUGCCAUGAUGACUCUGCUGCCACCACCACCACCUGGCCAGGAGAAAGGGGGGGAGCCCCAGCUUUGCCAGAAGGGCAGUAGCCGCACCUCUCCCGACCCUGCUCCUGACUCCCCCGGGGCGGUCCUGCUCGGCCUGCGGUCUGAGUGUGGUUCAGUGUGGUUUGACCGCAGUGUGUAUGAGCAGGCUGAGAGUCUGUAUCAGUGCUGGUUGGCACACUCUGCCAACGGGUCGAUGACACGGCCCAUCAGCUCACCCCCAACCCUGACGACUGACAACCACCCCACCUCCCCUCAACCCUCACUAUCACCCUCACCCCAAGCCCCGAACCACCCCAGCAACCAUCCACCCAUAGAUGCCAAAGAGCAUUGCAUUGUUGCAGAGCCACUGCAGCCAGCAGCCCCAGAAUUCCUAGCCCUCCCUGCCAACAGCCCCAGCACACCAGCCACGCCAGAUGAGGGGUACCUGUCCCUGGCCCAGACCCCCCAGGCAGCCUCCACAUCUCCACUGACCCCGGCCCCUGGCCAGCCAGUGAAUGGGCUCCCCCGUCUCCCCAUGGAGCUGCUGAGGGACGUGUGGCUGGAGAAACCUCUCUACGACCGGGCCGAGGCAGCCUUCUACCAGAGCCUCUAUGGAAACAACCGCUCUCCCACCGGCAACAACCUGGGUGGUGGAGCUUCCACCUCACGUAACAACCCCAACGCUCCCUCAACCUCCAGAGGUAGUGGAGACCACCCACAGAGUCUUGUUGAAGAAGAAGAGGAGGAGGAAGAAGUGGUAGAAGAAGAAGCCGUGGUCUCACAGGGGAAGCUCGAAGUCUUCCACGCUCUGCGCACCAUUCAGGAGGAGGAGGAGCCUGCUGACGUCGCAGAGGAGGAAGGUGGGGUCAUGUCGAUGGGAGGAGUCUGCUACUUCCUGCAUCCAGACAGCGAGAGGGUUUGGCUGGACCAGAGAUGCUACGAGGCUGCAGAGAGCCGUUUCUACAGUUACCGUCAGAUUGUACCUGCUGAGUCAACAGUAGCAGACAGAGAGGAGGGGGCUCGUGGGCAAGAAGAUGCUGUGGUGUCGGCAACAUUGUUACCACAACCGUCAUCGGUCGCCUGCACCGGCCCUCUGAGGGACAAGUAUGACCCAUCCCAGGAGACUGGACCUCUACAAACACAGCCAGCUUCAUUUACUCCUACUCCUUUUUUCCCCCCUUGUUUUUUUUCUCCUUUUUGGUGUUGUCUGUGUCUUGAUUUGGUUCAUUUGUUUGUUUCACAUAAUUUAUUAAACUUUGUUUGGCUUGCUCAUUUGUCUCUUGUUUUAUUUGGUUUUAGAUGUUAUCCUUUUCCAUUUUAUUUUUUUGCAUGCUUGAUUUAUUUUACUCAAUGUUAGUGGUUUUCAAAGAUGUAGCUUACUUCUAAGGAUGAUGUUAGUGUGGCGUUGACGGUGAAAGAGAAGUGGUCUUGUCUGUAAAUAGUGGAACACAGAUGGUUAAAACAGAGGGACACAAGCUUUCUGGUGGACUGAAUCUUACUUUACUAACCAUUUGUUAUCCUGUCUCUUUCUCUCUCUGCCUCAUCUCUGUGCCUCUCUCUCUGUCCGUGUAGCACCAUGAGUUCAGCAGUAGACUACUUUGUCCAGGAGAAGAUCUGGUUUGAUAAGCCUCGCUAUGAUGAUGCGGAGAGACACUUCUACGAACGCAUUAACAGCACCUCACACCCAGCACAGGAGCUGGGAGCCAACACCAUCCUGCAGGACAUAGCCCGGGCCAGAGAGAACAUCCAGAAGUCCCUAGCAGGAAGUGCAGCUAAUGGGGCAGGAGAUCAAGGCGAACUCAUCACACGGAUUAAGAGCCUGGAGCUAGAGAACAACAGUCUGAACCAAGUGGUGGAGGACCUGCGGUUGGCUCUGUCUAAAUUGGAGUGUCGGGUAGCGGUGCUGGAGAAAUCACCGUCGCCAGCUGCAGCCCCAGUCUCUGCAGCCCCCUGUACAAAUGGAACAUCUGUCCAGCAGCAGAAGACCAGCCCCCCAGUUGAGGAUGAAGAUGAUGAUGAUGAUAUGGACUUGUUCGGCAGCGAUGAAGAGGAGGAUGCGGAGGCUGAGCGACUCAAAGAGCAGAGGCUGAAAGAGUAUGCAGAGAAGAAGGCAAAGAAACCCACCCUCAUCGCAAAGUCCUCCAUCCUAUUGGACGUCAAGCCUUGGGAUGAUGAGACAGACAUGGCUAAGCUGGAGGAAUGUGUGAGGUCUGUUGUCGCUGACGGUCUACUUUGGGGUCAAUCUAAGCUGGUUCCUGUGGGUUAUGGUAUCCGGAAGCUACAGAUCCAGUGUGUUGUCGAGGACGACAAGGUCGGGACAGACCUGCUAGAGGAGGAGAUUACAAAGUUCGAGGACUUUGUCCAGAGUGUUGACGUAGCAGCUUUCAACAAGAUCUGAUUCCGACCUUCUUCCUUUUCAUUGGGCCCGUCCCACCUGGCACCCCAUUCACUCUGUCGUGCUCUACUUUAAGCCCUAUGAGCUGUUCAAAGGUAGUGCACUAUAUAGAGAAUAGCGUGUCAUGUGGGACGUAACCAUGUUCCCAGUCCGUCCCUUGCUGCUGUUUGUGUCACUCAUGGUUAAUAAUAAAGAGCUUUUGGUGCACUUUAA